AUGGCGUCGCUGCCGCCAGCGGAUCCUGCGCGAGUCAACGCGCCUGCGAACGCCAAUAUCCAGGCAGUGUGGAAGCUGAACGAAAUCGAGCUGCAGCACAACCUCUCCGGCGAGGCCUCCUGGCACUGGCAGUACCGAAACUCGUCCUACAUCUUCAUCGGCGGCCUCGACGUGCGGCUCACGGAAGGCGACAUCAUUCUAGUCUUCUCGCAGUGGGGAGAGCCGGUUGACGUCCACCUCGUGCGCGACAAGAAAUCAGGCGCUCCCAAGGGUUUCUGCUUCCUCGCCUACGAAGACCAGCGCUCGACGAUUCUCGCUGUAGACAACGCAAACGGCAUGAAGCUGCUCAACAACGUCCUCCGCGUCGAUCACUGCAAAGACUAUCGGCCGCCGCAAACCGAAGACGACGAAGAGGGAGCGGCGUACGAAGCGACGGGCGCGGAGGGUCGCGGCAUCGGCGUCUACGGGGUGACGCUCGACCAGAAGAAGAAGCAGGCCGCACAGGAGCAGGCUGAGCGGCUCCAGCGCGAGACGGAGGCGCUGCAGAGGCGCGCGGCUGGGCGGCAGGGUGGCAAAGACGUCGACGAAAUGUGGGCUGAGGAGUUCGAGGAGAUGCUCAAGCAGGUCAACGAAGACGCCGAGGCGGAGGCCGAUCGAGCGCUCCGCGAGGAGAAGCGGCGUCGGAAGGAAGAGAAGAAGCAAAAGAAGAAAGAGAGGAAGCGCGAGAAAAAGGAGAACAAACGAAGGAAACUCGAGGAGGAGCGACUCCGAAGGGACGUGGCGGCGACCGAACGAGACGGACGCGGCCGCGAACCAACGCGCCGGGGAGACGAAAGCGAAAGCAGCGAAAGCAGCUCGAGCGACAGCGACUCCGACGAGGCAGAAAGACGCCGAGUCCGCGAGAGAGCUAGAAACAAGGAGAGGGAGAGAGGAAGAGACAGAGAUAGAGACAGGGAGAGAAGAAGAGAUGGAGAGCGAGAGAGAGAUACAAACAGGGACAGGGAGCGAGAUAGAGGUAGAGACGGGGAGAGAAGAAGAGAUGGAGAGCGAGAUAGAGAUGCAGACAGAGAUAGAGAGCGCGACAGAAAUAGAGAGAGAGAUAGAGGCGGAGAUGGCGACGAUAGAUGGCGAGAGAGGGCGAGAGACUGGCACGGAGACAGAGGCGACGAGAGACGGGAGUCCUACAGGAGCGGACGCAGACGAUGA